GGUGAAGUCGUGUCCAAUUCAACACACUCUUCUCACUGCCACUGAUGCUUCCCUCCCUGCGUAGGACUCGGCCAUCCGCAGCAGAGUUCGUCCUCGAAACAGCGCACAGUACCGACCCCGCAUCAACAACAGACUCGCAAAAGAAAAUGCGCCUUCCCUACGUCGCCAACCCCCCACCGACGUCCUCCUCAGAAGAAGAAGCCAUCGUGCAGCGCAUCCAAGCCCGGCGCUCCCCGCGGCCCCUGCAGCCGCUCGACCUGACUCUGCUGCACUCGCCCCCCGUUGCUGAUGGGUGGAAUGCCUUCCUCGGCGCCGUGCGCACGCGGACGAGCUUGCCGGCGGACUUGAGAGAGAUUGCGAUAUCGCGGGUCGCGGUGGUGAACCGCGCGUGGUAUGAGUGGGCCCAUCACGCGCCGCUGGCGGAGCAGGCUGGCGUGAGCAAGGAGGGGAUGGAGGGGGUUGUUAGACGAGAGGGGGGGCUCGUGCUGGGAGAGGAGAGGGCGCCGCCGGCGGGGCUGACGGAGGAGCAGUGGGCUGUGGUUUGCUAUACGGAUGAGAUGACGCGGAAUGUGCAGGUGAGGGAUGGGACGUUUGCUAGGUUGAGGGAGCUGUUUACGGAGAGGGAGAUGGUGGAGAUCACGGCAACGAUUGCUUGCUACAACUGUGUGAGCCGCUUCUUGGUGGCGUUGGAUGUUGGUGAGAGGAACGGGCUCGGGCCUGAUGCCGCGCAUUAGGAUAAUCAGGAUCGUCUCUUUUACGAUUCUUCUCGGACCAAACAUUAGAUUAUGGCGGCUUUAUGGCUGGUUAGGAUACAGAGGAAUUUAUCAGGAAGAUGGCGUGGAGAGAAUUUGUACAGACAACACGGAAAAUGGGUAGGGAUGAAAUUCAGUAGAACAUAUGGAACAGAGACGUGAGGCAAGCCACGCAGGUAAAAGAAUUAUUGUGACUGGCGAAAAGGGGUAAAAAGGGGGUAU